AAUAAAAUUAACAAUAUGAAAACAAAAUUGGUAAAUAUUUUUGGUGAUUUAGAUGAAUUACAUGUGGAAUGAAAGUGAGACGAACAUAAUAAAUCUUGACUUUGUUUGAUAAGCAGAAAUACUUUACCAGCUCGAAACUUCUUAGUUUUCCGUUUUCUAAAAUUUCACUCGCUUGUUGUUCUUCAACUAAACGAGAUUUAAAAAAAUCUGUUUCCAAAUUAAAAAAGUAAAAAAGAAAAAAAACUUCUGAGAAACCCCCAAACCAAACCGCAUAUGAAAUGAAACCCAACAGAUUUUAGAUUUAAGAAAAGCGCAAAAAAGCUUGUAAUGUAAUCUGGUUUUUACGCAUCGAAAAUCGUCAUUGAUUUGCUUUAGUGUUUCAUUGGAAAAAAACCAGAAAAUCCAAGGAAAAUGGAUAGUUUCAGCGCAGAAGAUCUGUCGAAGAUCGGAGGCAUCGCAACGGUGUCGCUUCUUCAUUCAUUCAUCCCAACGCAUUGGUUACCUUUCUCUAUCGUUGGCCGAGCCCAGAAAUGGACGCUUUCUCGCACUGUUCUCGUCACUGCAUUUGGAGCAGUCUUGCAUGUAAUAUCCACUGCAAUCCUCGGUAUAACAGCGGUCACUAUGGCAAAUACCAUUGCUGGCGAAGAAACAGUGCAUAAACUCGCUUCACUUUUGCUUGUAAUUCUCGGUGGUAGUUAUAUAUUGUUGUUUUUUACUGGGAAGGGUGGUCACAGUCAUUCCCAUAACCAACCCAUGGAAAAAAUGGCUGUUGCCGGGCUUGUCCUUGUUCCUGCAUUGUCUCCUUGUGCAACAACACUUCCGGUAUUUCUCGCUGUUGGGAAUUCAUCUUCCAUGAUGGUUCUUGCUAUCAUAGUGCUGUUAUUCAGCACCAUAACUGUGAUGACCUCGCUGGUUGCUCUGUCAUUCUAUGGUGCUAGCCAGCUCAAGUUUCACUGGGUGGAACGAUAUGAUAAACUUCUUGUAGGUUCGGUGCUAGGCUUGGUAGGAAUUCUGACACUCAUUUUCCAUGAUCAUGAUGGAGAAGGAGGUUCCACUGAACAGCAUUUGCAUAGAAAACUCAUCGUUUGAAGAUUCUUUUUUCCUGAAAUAUGUUUUAACUCUUGUCAGUGAGGCAAAUGUUGACGCUAAAAAAUGGUUAUCAAUCUGUAUUAAGUAGAACUUGUUGUAAGUUGUUCUUUAAUGUGCAUGCUGUAAUGAUAAUUGACAAAUGAAGCUUGUUUUCUUCAAUUUGUAUACCGGUUUUCUGUUUUUGUUGGUGGUUUUAUGUAAUUUUAUGAUAUUCAUUGUGUUAUACAGUGAACUUCUUUUUACAAGGGAAUUACACUUUUCAAGCAUUUGAACUC